AAUUUAUUUUCUUUUUAAUUUUUUUUUCGAAUUUAUAAAGAUAUAUUUGUUUUAUUGAAACUAUUUUUUCAAAACACGGCCAAUGAAUGAAAGCAAAGAGGCCACCUGACCAACAAGAAGAAGCCACUUUGCACCACAAGGAUCCUUACACGUGUCUCGUAAUAUAAAACUCCUGCCACACGCUUCUCUCUCUCUCUCUGUUACACCGUCGCAGAGACGAGGAAAAAGCACAAUUUGAAUUCCAAAACUCUCCCAUUUCCCCCGGAUUUCAAUUUCUGUCUUUGCAUUUCCAUUCCUCUGGAAAAUCUUUUCUUUUGUUUCCUAAGAAAACGAAAAAAGAAAAAGAAAACACCAGAAUCGCAUAAUCGCAUUGUUUAAGUUAAUUAAACUCUAAACAGAUUUUGGUAUCCGGUUGUAUGGCAGCGCAUGCUUACCACAACCGAAACGGCGUCGUUUUUCUGCCACUUCACAAGUUGACAGGUUCUUUCCCAUCCGUGAACCCCAACCUCGUCUUGGUCCCUCAACCAUUUGUGCCCUUAAACCCUAGAGCUCCACAGGUCCUUGUUCCGUACAACCCAUCUGUACUUCCUCUGGCCCGAAUGGACGAGGAAAGGUCAAUCUCUCUGCUUCAGUUCAUGGUUAAUGAAGGACUAGUGUUAUCUCCGGAAGAGGAAGAGAAGAGGCGGAAUGUCAUUUUAAAGCUCAAACAGAUAGUGUUGGCAUGGAUUAAGAAGGUUGCAUGGCAACGUCAAUUUCCAAGGGAGCAAAUUUCUGCCACCUCUGCCACAAUAUUGACUUAUGGAUCAUAUGGCCUCGGAGUCCAUGGUUUGGAAUCUGAUAUUGAUGCUUUAUGUGCUGGUCCUUCCUUUGCCACGAUGGCAGAGGACUUUUUUGUCGUUCUGUGCAACAUGCUUAAAAGCAGACCUGAAGUAUCAGAGAUCCACUGUGUAAAGGAUGCAAAAGUUCCUCUAAUGCGGUUUAAAUUCGAUGGGAUCUCAGUUGAUCUCCCGUAUGCACAACUGCAAGUAUUAUCUGUUCCUGAAAAUGUGGAUAUACUAAAUCCAUUCUUUCUCUUGGAGAUUGAUGAAACUAGUUGGAAAAGUUUGUCCGGUGUACGUGCUAACAAACGCAUUCUUCAGCUUGUUCCAAAUUUGGAGAAUUUCCAAUCGAUGCUGCGAUGUGUUAAAUUAUGGGCAAAAAGGCGAGGAGUAUACGGUAAUCUGCUUGGAUUCUUGGGAGGAGUUCAUCUGGCAAUUCUUGCGGCAUUUGUUUGUCAAAAGCAUCCAAAUGCCAGCUUAAAUGCUCUUAUUAUGAACUUCUUCCAGACUUUUGCGUUUUGGCCUUGGCCUGCCCCAGUAAUUCUGCAAGACGGAAUGUUGCCAACAACUGGAGAUGCCACUGAGACGCGGUCCCUAAUGCCCAUUCGGCUCCCAUGUAGUCCACAUGAAUAUUGCCAUUCCAAUAUCACUAGAAGCACAUGCUACAGGAUCAGGGCAGAAUUUCUCCAAGGCUAUGCUAUGACUAGGGAUAUUUUGAAGCUGGAUUUUGAUUGGGGUAGCAUAUUUGAGCCUUUUCCAUAUACAAAGAAGUAUACCCGAUUUGUCAAAAUUUAUCUCUCGGCUACUAAGAAAGAUGAGCUAGGAGAUUGGGUAGGUUGGGUGAAAUCACGUUUUCGCUGCCUUCUUGUCAAGCUGGAGGAGAUGCAAGGUUUUUGUGACCCUAACCCUACCGAAUAUGUAGACAUGGAUGUAACAGAGCCCAAUGUCGUGUUCUACUGGGGCUUAAAUCCUAGCAAGAGUAGUUACACGGAUGUAGAGUCUGUUGAAGAGGAUUUCAUGAAGAAUAUAAACAAUGGCUAUCAAGACUCUCCUGGAAGGAUGAAAUUAUCCAUUGUCCAAGCUUCUCAGGUGCCCAAGAGUGCUCUUCGCGACACCGGAAGUGGGAAUGGGACGAAAGCAUGUUGGAAGAUUCUCGAUUACAAUCGACAAAGAAUACCAAUGUAUUCACAGCAUUUGCCUCAUUACUUUGUUGGGUAUGCGGUAGCUAGUGGAGAGCCUGAUCAGUAUGAGUACCCAAGUGGUGGGUGUUAGGCUUAUUAUGUGUACUUUUUUGUUCUGGAUAUCUUGUUUUGCCUUUGCGCUGAUGGAAACUAGAGGUUUUCUUGGCUGCACAGUUUUCAUGAGGAUCAAACGAAACUGUAUUUUUUUUUCUUUUUUUUUCCUGGGCAAGUCAGAUCUCAUGAGGAUCAAAAGAAGAUGAGGGAGGAAUGGAUAGUUGCAAGUACACUAAAAAGGAGAAAUCAUAGAAGCUGAUCAAUAGUGCUUGUAAAGUUGUAAACUCAAAAACUGUAUUCGAAGUAUAGUGGUAUAUCGAUCAGCUGAUGUAAUUGCUUUUGGUCAUAUAUGAUUUGUUUGAAGCUGCUGAGUUCCUUGGGGUUGCGUGCCGGGGACGAUAUGUAGCCCUAAA